UAUCGUCCGCAUAAAGCUUUUGGCUGGUUGCUAGCGGCACCGAGCCGUUGGAGACAUUUCGCCGGCGAAGAUGGCGGCGAGGAGUAUCCUUGAACCACUGGAGAUCUGCUUCUCCGAUCUUCAACUCAUGUCUUCGCAUUCUCCUCAACUCUCCCCAGCAGAGCUAUCGCGGAUCGAAUCGCUCACUGCUGCGGUCAUGCAAGCCCUAGGGCCCUCUGGGCCCGGCCUUCUCGUUAUCACCGGCGUGCCCAGAGCUCCUGGUCUCCGCAGAGACCUUCUUCCCCUCGCUCGAAAGAUCGCCCUCCUCGGCCGCAAGGACCGCGCUCGCGUCCUCAAGGAUCAUAGCUUGGGCAGUGAUGUUCCCUUAAAGAAUCCUAAUAGAAACGUGUCAUCCUGCGCUUUGCAGUUGACGUAUUCACAAAAUCUAAAUUCUCAAUUAUCAUCAACUACUCUGAAAAGUGCAGUAGAAAACCAUUACAGUGGAGAAGGAUAUCCUGUUAAUGAUUGUUUUGAUAAUCUUGAUGUGGAGUUUAAGAACCUUGGAACCACUUUCAAAGAACUUGGUCUUUGCAUGAUGGAACUUGGUAUUCAACUAGCAGAAGUUUGUGAUAGAGCCAUUGGUUACACAGAGUUAAAACAAAGCAUCAUUGAUGGCAGUGCAAAAGGGCGUCUCAUUCAUUAUCAUUCUGCCAUAGAUAACAUUAUUCUCAAAGAAACAAACACAAGGAAAAAAGAGUUCAAAAGAAAAACUCAACAAGCUGAGAAUGGUAUUUUUCCUUCAAACAGAUGUACAAUGCAAAGAUAUCCUAAAGAAAGGAUUAGCAAGUCUAUAUCCAAUCUGUGGCAGCAAUGGCACUAUGAUUAUGGAAUUUUCACUGUUCUAACAUCACCAUUGUUUAUGGUUUCCUGUCAGGCAGAAGAUUGCAGUCAUAUUUCAUGCUGUCAGCAGUCUUCUUCACCAGAUGCACAUGCAUAUCUCCAGUUGUUUGAUAUAAAGAAGAAUAUAAUCUAUUUUGUGAGAUCCCCACCUGAGAGUUUCAUCGUUCAGGUAGGGGAAGCAGCUGAUAUAUUGACUAGAGGUAAGCUUUGUUCCACACUUCACUCUGUCAGUAGGCCUACUGACAUUCAGAACUUGAGCAGGGAGACUUUUGUUGUGUUCCUGCAGCCAGCUUGGGACAAAGUUUUGUCCUCUUCUGAAUUUCCUUGCCUAGACGAAACAAGCAAUCAGGUAGAAAGACUUGCAAGAAAUGUCAGCUCUGUACCCAAGGAAGAAAAUGCUCCUACAAGACCUACCAUCAGUGAUUCUGAGGAUGCACCAGAAUUAAUGCAAGAGAUACUAGAGAAGAUACCACCUCUAUCUAUUCGAUAUAAAAAAGAAAUGACCUUUGCAGAGUUUUCCCGUGAGACUACCAAGCAAUACUAUAGCAGCAGCGGCACUCAGUCAACAAGAUAGUAACAUUUUGUGCAGCCUUUGUUCUCCUUAACAUCAGUGUGAAGUCCUUUAGCGAUCAUCUUCAAGGUUCUCUCAGCAUCGUAUUGUCAUGGGUACUCUCACCUCUAAAGUCCCAAGUUAAAGGCUACUCUCCUCUGCAGCACGAUCUGCGAAGAGGCCAUGGGUUGGGGUAAUCUAGUGCCAGUUUUGAUGGCUCAGUUCCAUCGAUGCCUGACAUGGGGAGCUGCUUAAACUCAAUAGGAUAUUUCUUUAAAUAUUUCUAAAUCCCAAAUCUCCACCAUCUUAAUUCUUAAAAGGUGGAGAUCUUAAAUGGUGUAGAUGGGGAUAUUAAAAAUCAUCGGGUUUUAUCCGAUGAUUUUUUUUUAAAAAAAAAAACCAAUAAUGCGCCGGCACUCUCGUGGGUGGGCCCUGCUACAGGCGCACCCCAAUGUGCGGCCGUUAUUUUUAUUUUAAUUAUUUUUAGAUAAAAUAUACUAAAU